UCGACACAUUUGAAAGUCUAAAACGCCAGCGAGGCGUCGCGUCCAUCCCGUUAAGAUGCUUGUCUUUCAAUCGACAGCAAUGAUGGAUCCGUUGGAUACCGCUUGCCUGCCAUUUGAGCUCGUUUUGCAGAUGAAAAUCUGCAAUGAAACACACUGAGUGCUGGGACGGUUACCUCCCGAGGCGAAGUAGGUAUUAGUCCCAUUGUCUAAGGCACAAUGGUCGUGUUACGUUCUGCUCUACAGCCGUCAAGCCUGGCUCGCUAUCAAAGACCAGGCCUACUGUUCUCGGGGGUGACCGGUACUCCGGCAAUGCCUCAGUAAGAUGAGUACUUGUAAUUAGCCACGGCUUAGUUACUUAGCAAACGUUGCUACUGACGACCCAACUGUUUGACAUAUGGAACUGCAUGGCCCAUGAGAGAUCGGAACUGGGCAGAAAUGAAGGUUUAGAGGGUUGGACUUCUACCACAGGAAGGGAAAAGCUGAUAACCUGUGAGGUGUUAGAUAGUCACAGUAUAUUGUGGUGUACAGGUGUCCGGUGUUAACAUGUCACAGGUGGGGCUAUCUCGACCCGCUACCCAGAUGAGUGGGAUAAACAGAGUGGGUCAAUUGCCGAGUAUAGAACACCCCAUGUCCCGGGUAUCAAACCCGGACGAUCUGGGUGUAGUACGGGGGCUCUCUCGGGCAGGGGCAGUUGACAGGUCAUUCUCGGCCGGACAGGGCAGACCGCUGGCCAAUGAAACAGUGUUUACCCCCAGGAAAAGUUUCAGUGCUGCGGGAAGAGAAAGUCGGCAGAGUCGGCGUUUCCAAAUUAAUCCCAACCCUCCCGUCAGUAUAGAGGCUAUUCCCGAGGGAGUGGAGGUGACAUUCGGAGAUCCGGACAAACCGAAGAUACCUAUUUUUGGUAACAGGGCUGAUCUUGGUAGCCGGGGAGAGGUUGUGAGCCGAGGGGAUGUGGCAAGCCGAGCGUCAUCACGCCUGUCCAAGGCCUCCGCCCAAGCCCGAUUGGAGAUCGACGAGCUGGAAAUGAUGCUCAAAGAAAAGGUUCGGGGUAACUUCUUCGAAGUGAAGAAGAGGUUCAAAGAUAACGAUCCCGAAGGGAAAGGCAACGUCACAAGGGAGGCAUUGUUCCGGAUCCUCGUGACUCUGUUGAACCGACCAAUGAGUCAGAACAUCUUUAUCAGACUCCUCGAGCGACUCGGCUUCAGAGACCGUCAUGUGAUCAGUGUGUUUGAUUUCUACGCGGUAUUCCGUGAACCAAUGGACACAGAGCAUCCUCGCUGGAUGGAUCCUAUACACAGACACUGGCAAGACAAGGUUUCCAUGACAGCCAGCCAGGUACAUGCCCAGCUUAAGGAAAAGGCUAGACAGAGAUUCCUGGACGUGGCAGACCUUAUACCCCAGAUGAACCCGGAUGGAUCCGGACAUAUCCUCAAACCGGAACUCCGGAAUGUCCUCCAGAAAAUGAGCUUCAAGAUGGAAGAUGAUGAAUUUGAAAAACUUUGGCAAAGAUACGAUACAGAAAAUAUUGGCACAAUCAAUGGUGAAAAGUUUCUGAAUGCUCUGGGGAUAAGUUUAAGGGACGGAAGUGUGCACCAGUCUUCCUCAGGGCGCGUAUCAAGAGCUAGACAAAUGAAGAAGUCUGAAAUGGAAAGAAAACAUUCAUUGGACAUUGAAAAGUGGCUGAAGAGCAAAUUCCGAGAAGGGUUCAUGACAAUGAAGACAGCGUUUGAAGAGCUUGACGUUGACAAAGCUGGUGUUGUAAACCAUGACGGGUUCUUGGAUGUACUGGCUAACAAUGGGCUGAAGAUGGAGAAGAACAUGCUGCCAGCUUUCCUUUCCCGCUGUGCUGUAGAGAUCCGCCGCGAAGGCGUACCUUACAGAGAAUUCUUACACCGCUUCCAGGAUAGAGGAGAAGAAGGCAUGACUCACAAGAUAAUGACUGACCGCAAGCACAGGUUCAAUACAGAUAUACCGACAAGUGCUGGUGGAAACUCUAGUCUAAGUGCCAUUGAGUCACAGCUGAUGAACAUGUUUCAGAGGGAUUUUUUGGCACUUUUGGGAUUUUUCCAACGACUGGACAGAUUUAACCUUGGUUAUGUGAGCCAAGAGGAAUUCCGAGCCGCCAUGGAGAGCCGUUUUGGCUUGGAGCUUUCUGAGGUGCAGUUUGACUGCAUGAAGGAAAAACUCCCCUUAGACGAAGACGGCAAUGUGAAAUACAGAGAAUUCAUGAAACAGUUUGACACCAAAGGCGUCGCUCCAAGCCUGUUUAACAGCCAGCCUGCCAACCCAGACAUUCUACCCGAGGAGGACAUUCGUGAAGAUCCAGAGUUAGAGGCCAUUGCCGAGAGCCCAGAGCCACACCCAGUAGAUGAGGACCCCUUACUCGAUGAGGUUAUCUCGCGACGCACCCCUAGAGAAUUGUUCAGGGUUAUUAAGGAUCUGCUGAGGAGGAAAUUUCAGGAGGUCGAGGAGAUGUUUUACCAGAUGGAUGACCGAAACACCCAGAGAAUGUCACAGGAGUCCAUGUAUCAGCUCCUGAAAAAGUUUGACAUACAUCCAGAAAUCACCAGGGGUGAGAUUCGAGAUUUGUGGAAAACUUUCAUCACAAACACAGAUAAAACUUUGGAUUAUCUUCAGUUUAUUCGACAUUUUGGUUAUUCCCUGAAAUCGGCUGCAUUCCCCAAUGCCAAGACCCAUCCUCCAAAACGAGGUGACGCAGACUACAUGCUGAGGUCCAGGAAGUUGAACUGUGCAGCAGAUAUGAUUCAAGACACUCUAAGGUCAAAGAUCGAAUACAUGUGGGAAGAUUUGAGGAAGGAAUUCGUGGAGAUGGAUUUGUACGGAACUGGCUUUGUGUCCGAAGAAGAGUUUAGGGAUGUCCUUUCAGAGCUUUGUGUGCACCUGAGUCAGCAUGAGCUUAAUAUGCUAACGCGCAAAUUCGACAUUAAAAAAGACGGGCGAGUAUCUUAUAUUGACUUCCUGAAACCAUUCGCCAUAAGAAAACAAACAUGGCGGAGCGGAAACGACAUGGGAUCAUUAUUGCAGCAUCCUCAACCUGAAUUGCCGAUCACAGACAUUGUUGAACCGCCACAGAAAGGGCUUCACGGGAUAACCUCUAGACUAAGACAGAAGGUGGCAGGAGAAUGGAAAAAUCUACGGCGAGCUUUCCGGAAACUGGACAUAAACAAUAAUGGUUAUUUGUCCGUGCCGGAGUUCCGGUCAGUGCUCAAACUGAUGAAUGUAAUCCUGACAGAAGAUGACGUCUAUCACCUGAUGAAUGUGUUUGAUGAAGCUAUGAGCGGUACCAUUCCCUACGAAAAGUUCAUCAACGAAAUAUUUAAACCAGAGACGAGGCAAAGUGUGAGAAUACCUGCGCCCUAGAGUUGUCUCCCUGUGUUAGACAACAGGUACUCUAAAACAUGAACAAAUAUUUUGGGUCACCCGGUUAUAUGUGAAAACGUCACUACUGAGAAUUGAAAUUGAUCUGGUUACAAAGGCCAUAACCCGCAAUGGUGAAGUUUCAAGUGCAUUCAUAGAUUGCUUUCAUAGAUUCGAUUUCAAUGGCUAAUUUUGUGUUAUUGACUUCAGUUAAGAGCGCCGAUGUGAUAUAUUAGUUCAUACAAAUAUUCUUAGUUUCGAGGAUUUACCACAUGUAAACGAAGAACACAGAUUUAUCCUGCGUCUACAUUGUGCGUACAUUAAGUGUUGGAGAUGUUUUGGUUUUUUUUCUUUUUUGGAAUAUGUAGAUCUGUGAACAGAUGAUUCAUUGUAGACAAUAUAUCACAAUUUUCUUUACAUUAUUUUUGGAUGCUAGUACUUUUAUAGCUGUAUGUGUAAUUUAUCAACAAUGAGCUGCUUACUACGAUUAAGUAAGCCCCUAGAUAGGGGUAUUAUGUUUCGAUGUUAACCUACUGUGAUAUGUGUACUUUACACCUUUUUCUGUGUGAUAAGUAUAUACACUAUUGAAUGGCGUUAGACUUAAUGCUGUGUUAUCUGUGAUAUAACUGCAUGGGUAACUACAUCCCUGAAUAAAGAAAUACCGUGUAUUUAAAUAUAGUGAUAA